AUGACGUUUAUGACGAUCUUUGUGUUUGCUGUAAUGUCUGUCAGUGUUGCAUCUGGUCAUGCAGUUAGUGAAUCUCAAGAAGAAAAGCAUCAAGGGUUGCAAAAGAGGUCCAGACACGUAAGUUCUCAGUGGCAGGAGAUAGCUAACAACAUGUUGACGAGGUUGAUGAUCGUAGUAGAAGAGACUUUACAGGAGCUGGGGGCCAGUGAAGCGGAACUGAGGGAAGUCCAGAAGAAAAGAUCUCACAUCACUGCGUGUUACUUCCAGGCAGUCACAUCUCAUCCGAGCCUCGAACAAAGCAAUGACUACGACACUGGUCUAUUAGAUGAAAUAAAGUCAGAAGAGAAGAGAAACUUCAACGAACAAAAACAUGCAGAGGUCGAUGAGCCUUUCAAAAAUUUGUUGUCCGAGCUCGAAGACGACAUCGGAGAGUUGUCCGAUUUGAACAAAAGAAACAAUGGUGGUCCUUCCGGCAAAUCGCCGCCUCAGCAGACACCAGUCACCACUCCAAAGCCAUCUCAGACCAAUAGCACAGCCACCACCUUAAAACCCCCCACACAGAGUACUGUAACGUCAACUGCCAGUGUAACUACAACUAAAGCACCGGUAAAAGCAAAUCCCCAACCCACGGAAAAGAAACCCAGUAAUGAUAGUCGUGAAAGCAACGCCAAAACAAAGAAACCCCCAAAAGGCAACGCUGUUAAUAAAAAUCGCAAGAAAGUUCAUCCACAAGGGGACUCAAAGAGUAAGGAUAGUAAAGGAAAGGGUAAGAAAAACUUACGUGGGAGAAAGAAAAUGAAGAAUCGAUAUAGAACAGAUAAAAAUAAAAUGCUCGCUCAGGCAUCAUGUGGCAAGGCUAAAAGGUACCCAACGUGCAUCCAAAUGUAUCGAAAAUGUAUGUAUGAAAGAAAGAAACAGCAAAUUCGUUGUAAGCAGAGAAAUGGGAACAACAGUCGAGGUCGUUUGGAGAAGUAUUCAAAUCUACUAAAGGGGAGAAAACUGCUCUUAACGAGGCAUGGUCUAAAACAGAAUAGAAAAGGGGAGCAGCAGCAAGCAAACAAAAAGAACAGCAUACAAGACGACAAACAGUGGAAGAAUAAAGGUAACAAUGGGAAAAAUGAAAGAAAAAGUCCACAAAAUAACUUGCCCAAGAAUUCGCCAAGAAAGCAGGAAGGAGCCGAAAAUGGAAAAGGAAACAAUCAGAGUCGUAAGAAUCAGAAAGGAAAAAGUAGUCCAUCUGGGAAUACAGCAAAACCGUUACCCAUAAACAAAGACAAUGGUAGCAACAACGUAUUAAAGGAAAAGCAAGCACUGAAGAAGCAAAAGAAGCUGGUAAAUGGAGAGAUCAAGGGAUUGCUGAAAUAUCUCAGAAGGGUCAAAGGUCAUUUGUAUCAUAUCGACAAGAAUGACGGCAAACGAAGAGUCAUAAAGACGAAAGGAAAGUCAGAUUCAAACUGAAAGGGGUUUUUUUGUAACGCAUGCAUGUGAUUUUUACUAA